AUGACUUCGUCCAACGCCCACCAGGCCGGCCACGCGCCAGUCCCGACCACGCCGCCUCCCAAGACGAACAAGUCGCCAGCCUCCACCCGACCUGAUCCCGACGACAACAACGCGACCACCACCGACAAGCCGCGCGCCGAUGCUUCCACCGCCGCCGCGAACAACACCAACCACACCUCCAUCAAUCGCCAAUCCACUCCCGUCGCCUCCGAUACCGUCAUGACCGAUGCCGACCCCAACACCGCCCUCGUCGCGACCUCCCAGCCUGCACCUGCCGCCCCGAUGGAUGCCGAUCCCUUCGCCUCGUCCUUCCCCCAUACCCCAAUGCCCAACAUGGACCACGCGUACAUGAUGAUGGCACUCGCGCACAUGGCAAAUAAUCAAAUGCCCAACCAGAUGUCCCCUCCUCCGACCGUCACCCCUGCUCAGGUCACCCUUCCCAGUACCAUGGGCAACGGGAACGACCCGCUCGUCGCAAGCACACAUAACCUCACUGCCGCAACCCAAGGCCUUGAAUCCUUUGCGCGGAUUGAAUUCCAAGAUAGUGUCUUUCAGAUGACCACCUACGCCGUUAUUAUCGGCCGCGACCAGAAAGCCUUGGUCCAGGCGCGAAAAGACGAUCGGCGCAACGCCGAAUUUCGGAGGAGGGCCGAGGAACACGAAGCCAUGGGGCUUCCACCUCCCUCGCCCGUCAGGCACGACCGAGGGAAGUUCAGCAAGUCCUACGUCAGUGAGGAGGGAGGCAUGCUAGGACCCGAGUCCGAUAGUGAAGAGUCUGGACGUCCGGCCAAGCGACGCAAGACCACUAGUACCGGAUCGUCGCAAAAGCCCGAAGAGGAGGAGGCGCAGGAGAACCUCAUCUCCAACAGGCAGUAUGUCUCGCACACACCAGGCGCAGCUGCUGUCGACCUGGCCUCUCUGCGCCCUUCCCCCGACCACAUUCCCUUCAUCGGCAUUCACUCGCCUGGACCCGACAUCGCCAGCAAGACCAAGGCCAUCUCGCGAGAGCAUCUCAAGAUCCAAUUCAAUAGGAAAGAAGGGGUCUUUGAGGCCAUUCCCAUGCACAAGAACGGUUUCUUCAUUGAAGAUGUACAUCACAAAGAAGGAGUCGCCGUUUUACGAAGUGGCGAUCAUCUCCAAAUCAAGGACGUUGACUUUCGCUUCAUCAUCAGAGGUGUGGCGGAAGGCCGGACAGGCGCGGAAGAGUUCGUCGAAGAGGAAGAGAAACUCAAGAAGAACAACAGACCUCAAGGCGGAAAGGAGAUGAGCUUCGAGUUUGAGGCCUCACAUGGAAACGGCCUGCUCGAUGAUGACAGCGAUUCGUCACUCAGCUCGCCGGCACCAUCUGAGAAUGAAGAGUCGGACCAAGAGGCGGAAGAGGAAGAAGAAGCCGACGUCGAUGCCGACGCGGACGCUGAGGCAGAAGCAGAAGCAGCAGCCGAUGCGGAUGCUGAUGCUGAUGCUGACGGUGAAGCCGAUGCUGAUGCUGAUGUCGACAUCGACAUCGACAUCGACGCCGACAUGGAUAACGAUGCACUUGCUGAGGCAGACAUACCUGGUGAAGAAGAUGAGGACAUUGAGCCCAGCACGGAAGUCAAGGCGGAAGAACCAGAUAUGGGCCAGCACAUGCAGCAGCCGCCGUUAUUGCCGCUUAUUCCAAAGAAACGAGGGCCUGGCAGACCGCCCAAGAACGGCUUCAUGUCAAAGCGAGAGCAGCGCUUACUGAAGAAGCAACAGGCGGAAAUGGCGAAGAAAACAUUACCGCAGCCGCCUCCUGGUGAACCUCCCAUCAAGAGAAAGGUUGGACGGCCACGAAAGCAUCCGCUGCCAGAGGAAGGGGGCGACCGGCCGGAGAAACGCAAGUACAAGCCCCGGAAGCCAAAGGGCGAAGACGGCGCAGAAGGAUCCGAUGCGGAAAGACGAGCCAAAGAGAAGAAAGAAAAGAAGGUUCGACCGAAGUCGCCACCUCUGGAGCUCAAGAUCGAGGACUACACCGAGGAACAACUUCAGAAGCCUAACAAGAACUAUGGAGUGCUCAUUGAUGAGACUCUGACUGCAGCAGGCCCGGACGGCCUCACGCUGAAACAGAUUUACAAGCGAAUCACGCAGAGAUAUCCCUGGUUUUAUUUUCAUACGGAGACAAAGGGUUGGGAGUCCAGUGUGCGGCAUAACCUCAUCGGCAACGAGGCGUUCAAGAAGGACGAUACAACAGGACUUUGGUCGCGGGUGCCAGGCGUUGAGCUUGACGCGGGCAAGAAGCGCAAGGCCUCUUCGCCAGAUCGGUCCAUGAGCGCGGGCUAUGGUCAUUACAAUCACCCGAUGUACGCUCAGUACGCUCAGCAGCAGCAACAACAUCAGCAGCAGCAACAGCAAGCCCAGCAACCACAACAGGCACACAUGCCUCCUGCGUACCAGCAACUUCCGCCUGGGUAUCAUGCUCAAGCCUACGCGGGCCAGCAAGCACAAGCUGCAGCCGCUGCCGCAGCGAGAACACCUCAGUACUCCCCUCCAGGAGUCACUCCAACUCCUGGCCAACCCGCACCGCCUCCGCCAGCUACACAGCCAGUCGCACCAGUUACUCUCCCUGGCUUCGGACCUACAGCUGCCAUUGCUCGCCCUCAGGGUGUUGCGGGUCAGCAACCAACAUACAGCUCACCAUACGCCUCAAGACCUCCCCCGACACAUCCUGCUGUUAAAACAGAAGAUGGAGUUGCUAGAACAUCAGCACUGCCUCCUCCACCACCUGCUCCGGCCGCCAUUCCUGGAGUCCAACCACAACAGAUACCCGCUGCCGCACCGCAGCAAGCACGACCCACACCAACACCACCAGCGCAAGCCGAGCCACGUCCGGUCCUUCUGCCAAAGAUGCUGACUGCCGUCAACGGGCUCAAGAACGGCUUGAUUGAAAAUUUGAAGAAGGCCAAGAAUCCGAAGGCAGAAGCCAUUGUCAUGUCUGCCCUCAAUCGAUGCCUUGGACUCAAGAGUACUGCCACCGAGAAUCAGGCCAUGGAAGAUAUAUGCAUGAAGGGAAUACAGAAGGUCAUCGAUGGCUUCACUGGCCGGAGCAGUACGCCUGCAUCUGGCGGCACACCACAACCCGGCGGCACACCACAGCCAGGCGGGCCAAGCAAUGCCUUUGAUCCAAAGGUCUUUGCCGCUCUGGUUGGAUUCAAGAACGUGUCAUCCAACGCGCUCAAGGUCCGGAUCGGAGAAGCCAAAGCCGAGGCUGUGACCUUGUCUGCAAUCGACCGUGUGCUGGGCCUAGCCGACGCCAGCAUUGUGCCGCCGCCGGAAGCCGGUGCUUCAGGUUCGCCGGCACCGAGCUUCGAUGGAAUUGAGUCUCACCUAAUGAACUCGGUGAAACAGCUUUUGUUGGGUCUCAACCAGAAGUUGCAUUCACCAUGA